GUCGAUUGAAUACGGCGUUCCGCGGUCCGCCAUUUUGUCUUUGUCAUCCGAUCGGCUGAUGCUUGAACGCUUUUUAUGUGCGCAAUUCAUUUAUAAUUUGUGAAGUUCAGUUUACUUCGUUUACAAGAUUUAUAUAUUACUGUAGUGAUAAUAGAAAAGAAUGCAAAUGCAAGCCAUGAAUCAAUACGGUAAUAACAGAGGAUAUGGAGGCCCACCGCAGCCUCAAAGACAAGGAGGUCGACGUGGAAAUAACCGGGGUGGUGCUGGAGGUUUCCGUAAUAAUUCACGAUUUGAUCACAAUCAAAGAAAUCAAAAUCAGCAAGGGGGUCAACGCCCCAAUAACGAGCCUGCCCAAGAAGAUAACCCACCAGCAGCCCAACCGCAGCAAAAACAACAGCAACCUGCUCAGCAAAAAGAAGAGAUUCAGCAGGCACCACCUCAGCAGCUGAAGCAACAACCUCAACCGGCUAAGCAAGCACCAAAACCACAACAAAAUGUACCUCAACAACAACCACCUAUUCAGCAACAACAAUCUCAACCCCAAAAUCAACAGGCAAAACCACAAAAUCAACAACCAAAACAACAAUCCCAGGACAAUGUUGAUAAAUCUGUGGUAUCUAAUGAACCAAAGCAUCAAAAUCAGAACAAUCAAGGUGGAUAUCAGAAGGGUGGACAACAACUCCCCAGACUAAUGGACACAAGAGAUGACUCUGAAAAUGUGAAUGGUAAUUUUGGUGGUGGAAGACAAGGUGGGUGGAGCCAAGGUGGGGGUAACAGACAGAGCAACUUCGGACAGAAAGGUUUUGGAGAUAGGAAACAUGGCGGUCAAGGAGGCCAAGGAGGAGGUCAGGGACCUGCCCGGAAUCAGCAGAGGAAUUCCAACCGUGGCCAACAGGGUGACGGAAAACCACAAAGAGAGGAACACAUGCUGGCAAAUAAACUGAAGGAUCUUGUGGGGCCGUUGAUAGAUUUGCCACCAAUUGAACAAACUGAAGCUAAAUUCAAUGGCAGAAGUCGUCUGUACAUUGGCAACCUCAGCAAUGAUGUCACAGAAGAGGAUAUUAUGACUAUGUUCAGCCAGUUUGGGGAGCCCGCUGAACUGUUUAUCAACAAAGAGAAAAACUUUGGAUUCAUUAAAAUGGACUACAGGGUUAAUGCUGAAAAAGCUAGACGCGAGUUGGAUGGGAAGAUGAGAAACGGUAGAACCCUAAGAGUCAGAUUUGCACCUCACAACAGCACAGUGCGCGUUAAGAAUCUACCACCUUUCGUCUCAAAUGAAUUGUUGUACCGCUCAUUUGAAAUCUUUGGGAAAAUUGAGCGGGCAUAUGUAAAAAUUGACGAGAGGGGGAAAACUGUUGGCGAGGGCAUUGUUGAGUUUGCGCGUAAACCCAGUGCGUUGGCUGCUAUACGUAACUGUACAGAGAGAUGCUUCUUUUUAACUUCAUCUCUUAGGCCAGUGAUUGUAGAGAACUAUGAAGAGCCUGAUGAGGCCGAUGGUUAUCCUGAAAAGAAUCUCCCCAAGAAACACCCAGAAUAUAUGCGUGCGCGUGAGAUGGGGCCACGAUUCUCAGAGCCAGGUAGUUUUGAACAUGAAUAUGGAACAAGGUGGAAACAGCUGCACGAGUUACAUCGCCAAAAGGAGGAUGCGCUGAAAAAAGAGUUGGCAGCUGAGGAAGAGAAGUUAGAGGCACAGAUGGAGUAUGCCAAGUACGAGCACGAGACGGAGCUGCUGCGCGAACAGCUGCGGCAGCGCGAGCAGGACCGCGAGCGGCAGAAGCGCACGUGGGAGAUGGCGGAGCGCGCGGCCGAGGAGCGCCGCGAGAGCGAGCGCCUGCAGCUGCUGCGCCAGGAGGAGGAGCUGUCGCAGCGCAUGCGUCUGCAGGACGACGAGCUGCGCCGCCGCCAGCAGGAGAACACGCUCUUUGUGCAGGCACAACGACUUAAUUCCAUGCUUGACCGCCAGGAGCAAGGCAUGUUUGAUCAUCAACAGCCAAUGGAUGGAGGCUUCAGAGACCAGUACGACAUGCCACGUGGAGGUUUUGACGACGGGCCGCAGAAUCGUGGUGGUUGGGAAGGACCGCGCCCCAUAGAUGAUUAUCCUAACAAACGCCGCCGCUUUUAGAUGAGUCUUGAGUGCGUGCUAACGCCGCGUUCGUACCACGAUCGCGGUAUCACGAUGCGUACAAACCGGAUUCUCUCUUUUAUUUAACGGAAGACAAGUUUUUGGUUAUGAUCAAACAAGAUCUUAUAUUACAUUAAAAUAGUACUUCAUUGAUAUUGGUGUUAUGAAAUUAUAGCGAAAUCUGCAGACUUAGAUCUUUGACUUAUGCGAAAUUGUCAUCAAUGUCAUCCGUUGCUUACUGGUGGAUAUCACAGUAGGUAAAUGACAUUUUGUCAAUUGAUUUGAUGUUUAUUUUAAUAGGUUGAUAAUAAAGAGCAAAAUAGUGAAUAGGCCAACUGUUCUCUAGAUUCAGUUGUUUGAUUUAACCAAUAACUUAAAGAUGACCCGAGAUCGUAUUUUGGAUUAUCUCGCUGUUCAUGAGUAGGAACUACCUAUUUAUCACUUCGUUAGUAUACGCCUAAAUCUGUCGUUAAAACAGAAAAGGCUUCUCUCUUAUUCUCGAGUUUAACAUUAAUAAAGUCAAGAAUUUAGCAACGUCUGCUAUUCGGGAACUUAAUAAUUUUACAAGUAAUUUUUAUGUUCUCCGAUAAACAGGGGAGUAUGGAUUUUCAAUUGUCAGAUAAAUUUAUGUGUUGAAAAACUGUGAAACAAAUAACUUUUAACAUAUUUGGUGAACUUCUAAAAUUUCCUUUGCUGAAGUGUUGGCAGUUUGUAAUAGGCGAACACUUUUUUAUUACGUUUCAUUUAAUUAAAUCUUCAAUUUAAUUGAAAUACUAUUUAUUUAAGAAGGGAAACCUCAAUCCGAUAUUGAAACAAAAAGUUUUAUUAUAAUCAGGUAUAUCAUAUACUUAUGGAGGAUUUACUCGUACUAUAUGAUAUGGACAUGGAUAUCUAUGGAUUCUACUUUCUAUUUUGGUAAAAAUCUAUACUAUGCUCUAAAUAAUACUUACUUUCCAAAGCUGUAAGACUGUAACGACGAUCUGUAUUUAUAAUUUAGAUUAUAUUUUCCGAAAUUAAAUUGCACUACAGCAAUUUAAUUUACUGUACAUGUAUGGUUAACAAAAUGUUCGGCUUACGAUAUCACGCAAAUAACACUGAAUCGAUUUUGAUAUGAAUUUUGUAUAUACAGAUUUAGGUUCUUAAAAUUUUAGCCUUUUCAUAAUAUGCUUCGACAUGUUUUGAGGGGUCAAAGUGUAGCCGGACUGGAGAAUAAUUCAGAUUUGUAAUUGUUAUUCUUUGAUAUUUCUGAAUAUUAAUUAGAGUUCGCGUCGUCAAUAUAUCCGGUAUUUGUUGGGUACUUCUGAUAAAUUUUAUCUGAGGAUUGAAAACGAUCCUAACUUGAACAAAUACACAUUAAUUAUGGUAGUCAUUCACAUUUAUCAUAUUAUGUUCAGAUUUAAAAUAAUAUUACAUGUCUAUUAUCUAUUGAAAAAAAAACUCUCUCUAAGUAAUAUAUUAGUAUAAAUUUUAAUUUUAGUAUACUAUCUGAAUUUACCAAGUUUAUGAAAACGUCAAAAAUCAUCUUUUGCAUCAGUAUUAUGAUAGAUUGACGUUGUUGGAGUGUAGAAACAAACAGUGUUAGAAACUAAAUAGUUAAUUUUA